AUGAGUCCUAACAGACGAGAAACGAAUCUAUCAAAUCCACUUCUGUCGAGGAGUGAUGAUGAAUCAGAUAUUGAGGACAUGAUUUUGUCGAGAGCAACAAAAAAGACGAAAAAGAAGAAAAUUGCUGCGAUCAUUAUCAUGCUCAUUGUGUUUCUCGCUUUCCUUGGAGGAAUAAUUUAUUAUUUCUUUUCCAAAAAGGCAGGAGUAUCAACAAUAUUGCAAACAGUUGAAGUAAAAGUACAAGGCGGUUUUGUUCGUGGACAAUUCGAAAGAAGCGUUGUUGCGUUCAAGGGUAUACCGUAUGCUAAACCACCCGUUAAAGAUCUACGCUGGAAGCCCUCGGUUCUUUGCGAGACAAACACAUGCUGGAAUGGAACCCUGGACGCUACAAAAUUCGGGAGUAUGUGCUUUCAACAAGACGUUACAAACAUCCAAGACCCAACAAAACUAAUUGGAAGCGAAGACUGCUUGUUUAUAAACGUCUGGACGCCUAAACAACGUAGUAAAACAUUACUACCCGUGUUAGUCUACAUUCAUGGCGGAUAUCUGCUGUAUUUUUCGGGCAAUUGGAAAGGGCUACAUCCAACACCUGAAAUGGUUUUAGGGUUGGACAUUGUGGGAGUAUCUUUUAACUACAGGUUGAACGCGUUUGGCUUUCUUGCGCUUAAGUCUUUAGCAGACGCUUCCCCGACAAAAACCGCCGGUAAUUAUGGCUUCAUGGAUCAGAUAUUAGCACUUAAAUGGGUGCAAAGAAACAUUGAGAAAUUUGGAGGUGACCCGGCAUCCGUGACGCUAAUUGGUCAAAGUUCGGGUGGGACUUCUGAACUGGCACUUCUAGCAUCGCCAAGUGCUGCUGGACUUUUUCAUCGAGCAAUUGUAAUGAGCGCUUCCCCGGUUUUCAACAAGUCAUCUGAAGAUGCGGCCAUUGACAACGAAAUCUUUGUUAAGCACUCUAAAUGCGAGAGAAAUAGCUCGGCAGAUGAGAGGGAAUGUUUGUAUAGUCUAACUCCCAAGCAAAUCGAGGACGCCAUUCCUUGGGAUGUAUAUCCUUACUGGCGAAUGGCUGAUCUUAUGGAUCUACCCACAAAGAAUCACUUCGAUGGCGCAGUCGCGGUGGUCGACAAAACUAUCGUAGCGCAACCCCCUCUUGUUGCUAUGGAAUCCAGAAAAGCAAAUGAUGUACCCCUGAUUAUAGGAACAACAGCUCAAGAAAUUAAUAUUUCGCCAGUAAAAACCUUCGGGAACUCAGCUUUCAGAGACUAUAAGGACCAUGUUGAGGAAAAGCUGCGUCCAUUUCUUGGCAACGAUGUGGAUGAAGUAUUGAGUAUGUACAACGACAGUCUGGCUGAAAGUGGCUCCCUUCAGUUUGCCUUCUCAUCAAUGGUGUCAGACCUGCGUGAAACAUGUCCCACGAAUGUGCUCGCGCUGAAUGCUUCCAAAGGUUUUAAGAGCCCCGUGUAUAGAUACGUAAUUACCAACAGUCCCUCCACUCCAAUCAAUGUAUUUGGUUACCCGGCCUCUCUCGCAUGCCAUAUAUGGGAUCAAGUCGCCUUUUUUGGUUUUCCCGCUGAGUUGAAGUAUACACCAUCGGAGAAGGACAAAAGAUUUAUGAAAGACCUCAGAAGGCAAUUCGGUGAAUUCAUUCACAAAGGAACUGUUAACGACAAAUCGUGGAAAAGGUACCCUGAAAGCACCGCCCUCUUCACUAAUGACGGAGUCACCGUAAUUAAAGAGGACUACCAUAAGAGAGAAUGUGAUUUCUGGAUUAAAAAUGGCUUUUUUUCGUAUGGAUGGAUCAACUGA